GUACUGGAGAAGUGAUGCAUCUAAGAGUUGCAGGAUAGUAGCUCUCGAGGACGGAGCAUGGGACACCCUUUAUCUAGAUCUUUAAUUCCUAUUUAUUUAUGCUUUGAAUCUUAUUUUUCUAUUCCUGUGGUCUCAUGCCCCCCUCCGUUUAAAAACUGUCUCGAGUAUGAUGCCAAAAUCAACAUUUAGGACGAGAUGGCAGUUUAAUAACCAACAAUAAAACGUUGUUAAGGAUAAAUUACAGCAGAGCUGUAUUGUAUUUGAAGUAUUGCCACACCCUGAUUUUCUUCCUUAAAAAAGAAAACGCCACCCUCUUACUCAAAAAGGGAAGAAAUAAGGCUUUACUUUUACCCAAACAUGUCAAUGACCACCUCGUCAGUAACUGUCUUCAGUUUAUCAGCUUCGUUAAGCUCUGCUACAGAGUCCUAUACUGAAGUGACUGAAUACGCUUAUUAUGACUACCCUGAAGAGGACUUCGGGAGGUGUGUGUAUAACCAACAUGGGGCCUAUUUUCUUCCUCCCCUCUAUGCCAUUUUCUUCCUCCUGGGCCUUCUAGGAAAUUCUCUGGUCAUCUGGGUCAUUGCUUGUGGAGUGCGCCUCCGCAGCAUGACCGAUGUGUGCCUGUUAAACUUGGCCAUUGCCGACCUCCUCUUAGUGUGCUCGCUUCCCUUCCUUGCCCACCAAGCCCGGGAUGAGUGGGUUUUUGGGGAUACAAUGUGCAAGGUGGUCCUGGGCAUUUAUCACAUUGUCUUUUACUGUGGGAUCUUCUUCAUCAGUCUCAUGAGCAUUGACCGCUACUUGGCUAUAGUGCAUGCUGUUUAUGCCAUGAAAGCUCGGACACGGUCUUUUGGAAUUAUUGCAGCUGCAGUUACAUGGGUGGCUGGAUUUUUGGCCUCUUUUCCUGAUGUGAUCUUCCUCAAGCAGCAAAUUAGUACCAAUAUGUCUCAGUAUUGCUACCCUGAAUAUCCCAAACCAACUGGUAAAAAUGGUUCCACCAUGCACCUGUGGAGAGUCUUUGGCCUUUUUAAAAUGAACAUCGUGGGUCUGUUCAUCCCGCUUUUCGUCAUGAGCUUCUGCUACACACAGAUUGUCUGGAGGCUGCUGAACAGCCAGUCAUCCAAGAAGCAAGCCAUCCGUGUAGUUUUCUUAGUGGUAGCUGUUUUCUUCUUCUGCUGGGUCCCCUACAACAUUGCAUCCUUCUUCAAAGCGCUGGAGUUAUUGCAAGUCUACACAGAAUGUGACAGCAGCAAAGCCAUCAUAAGAGCUUUACAAGUGACUGAAGCCAUUGCAUACGCUCACAGCUGUCUCAACCCCAUCCUAUAUGUGUUUGUUGGGGAGAAAUUCAGGAGGCAGCUGCUGAGGCUGAUAAACAGAUCUCCCUGUAGACUGUGUCAGGUGAUCAAGGUGUACAUACCACAGCACAGGAUCACAACCUCAAUGUACUCACAAACAAGCAGCUUAGAUGAGAGAAGCACUGGUGUUUAAAUUGGGGUUUUGUUUUUUCCUGUCCUUGUUAACUUCACUUUGAAAAUGAGGACAUUUCUGACCAAACUUCUCUUCUCACAAUCUAUUUUAGGUUUAGUGUGAAGGUGUGUUAGGUUUUGAGUUUUUGCACCAAAUUAAGGGAAAUGAAGUGUCAUGCAUGUACAUUAUCUAUGUCCUGCUGCCUAAUUAAAUACCAUAUACUUUAUAUUUUCAUACUUUUCUAAGUUCUGUGUUCACUGUGCUGCAGGAACAUAAAAUCAUCUUGUAAAUUUACUGAUGUGCAUGUGUGUAUGUGGGAUGCUUUUUUAAAUUGAAAAGCAAUCCAAUUUUAUCUGUGCUUGCAAUGAUGAGUCAGAAAUAGCUUUAAAUAAUAUAAAUAUAAAUAAAGUGUGUUUUCUUUUUUCAAUUACAUGCAGUUGGGUGAAAGUAGGUGAAACUGUGUCUCCUGCAACAGCUGUAAAAACAUCAACGUUAGAAGUUUCCUUGUUUAAUCCCCUGUUGCUCAAAGAGACUGGCUGAAAGAAGUCAUGGUUCUCAUUUAAAAUUAACACCAGUCUGAAAAAGACUGAUUUAUUAAUUAAAGCUUAAAUAAUAAAAUAAUUUAAAAAUGUACUAUUUUUUUUAAUGAGCCCAUUUAAUUUUUAAUUUGAUCAUGCCAGCCAGGAAAAAGUGUUCUGCUGCAACCAACGACGUACAUUCGGAAAGGUUUAAAGCACGUUUAGCAGAGGAGUUGCAAGCUUACCUCAGCCUAUUAAAAGCCACAACCUGAAAGAGGAAAUGCAACCAAGCUGCGAGUUGAACUUUAGCAGUCAUGGUAAAUGUAUGAGCAUUUUGCUGUCCAAAUGAAUUCACAGUUCCUGCAGUAUAUUUCUGAUUGUAAUCAGAAAUAUGCAAACUAAUCAGGUGAUCUAGAUGCAGGAUGUAGAUUUUAAAGACAAGACUUACAUAGAUUCAUCAAUAUGCUAUAUAUGACAAAUGCUAAUGAUCUUAGGCUGUUUAGAGUCAGAUUGCAGAUGUUUUUUUUUGUCCUUUGUACUACUUGAAAUUGUUAGCAGAUUUAAAAAAAAAAAGAGGUUAAGUGAAAUAGCCAAGACUGAGAUGUUUUAUAGUGUGUAUAGCAAUAAGUUGACAUCAUGCACAGUGAUGCCACCUACUCUUGUGUUCAAGCCGAGAAGCAGUGGUGUGUUAACCACAACGUCCCCCUCUCACCCUGAAUUUCCUGCUUCUUGCUGUCAGAACAAGGCAAAAUGUUAAUGCUGUCAAAGUACUGAUGCUGAAGUGAAAACUUUUGUCAUCACUCCGUUGUUUUCAUAAAAUGAGAGUUCAGACUUUUAUUAUUUCUUUGAGCAAAGGAAGCAUGUUUAUUAUUGUCUGUGUAUUUUUAUCUUUUUGUUUCUAUUUUAUUUUGUAUUUUGAAGUAAAAUGUAAUUAUACUGUAUUUCAUAUUGACCUUUUAAAAUAAAACUUAAUCAUAUAAAUGCA